AUGUCCAUAUACCAAUAUAAAAAAGAAAAUUUAUAUAUUGGGAAUAGAGUGCCAUUUGGUAGAAUUAGAUCACUUGGGUGGUAUUUAAAGAGGGGGUUAUUUUCACUAUUAAAAGAUAGGGUUUUAAAUUCCCAUCAUUUUAAUGAUGAUUUAAUUAUUAAAAAUUAUAUUUAUGACAAAAAAAGAUAUUAUGGAAGAACUUGUGUAGAAAGGUUAAUUGGUUCUUGUAAUGACAGAGAAUUAUUAAAACUGGUUUAUGAAAAAUACAGGCAAAGAAUCGAAGAGGUAGAGGAAGAUUUGGUAGAAUUGUCCAUUGUUUUCGAAAAUACAACCGCUUUGGAUUUAUUUAUAAAUCAUUAUGGAAAAAUAUUAACUCUCAAAAGCUAUCAACUAUUAAUAACAAAAUCAAAAUAUAAUAAUAUAACAUAUAAAUAUUUAGAAUCAGUCAAAUGGUUAAUAAAUAAUGGUAAUUUAGAUUAUGAGAGUUUUUUUUCUCAAGAUAGACAAACAGAAUCAAAUAAAAGAAUCAAAUAUGAUAAAGAAAUAUGUAGUAUAAAUAAUUUAAUAAUAGAUCAAAAUAAUAAUAAUUAUGAUCAUUAUAAAAUAAAUUUUAAUAAUAAUAUUAGUUUUUUUAUUAACAACCAUAAUAAUAAUAAUAAUAAUAUUAAUAAUUUAGAAAAUAAUAGUAUUAUUAAUAAUGUAAAUUGUAACAGUAUUGAUGUAAAUAAUAAUUGUAAUAAUAACAAUAAUAAUAAUAAUAAUGAUAAUAAUAAUGAUAAUAAUAUUAUAGAAUUAAUUAAAAUGGGAAGAAUAGACUAUGUAUUGCAACUAUUAAAUAAUAAUAGUAGAAAUAACAAUAUAGAUGAUAAUGAUGAUAAUAAUUUAAUCAUAGAUAUAUCAAUUGGAGAUUUAAAAAAAAUUAUUAAAUAUUACAGUUUCGAUUUAAUAAAAUGUAUUAUAGAUUUAGAACCCUUUCAAUGUGAAAUUCCAUUUUUUAAUUAUAUAGAAAAUAAAAUCAUAAAAUAUUCACUCUAUUAUAACAGAAUAGAUGUUUACAAUUAUUUAAUUUACAAAUUGGGUAGAAUUAGCUUUCUUUCCGUCAAAUCUUCAAGUUCUUUCUUUUCUGGUUUUCUAAAGAGGGGUGAUUUACAGGCCUUUAAAUUCACUUUGAAUCAAUAUUUGGUAAACCAUAAAAUCAAAAACCAUUCUUCAAAUCAUUUGCAUAACUUAAUUUUCAAAAUCUAUAAUCGUUCAAAAAAAAAAUUCACCAAAAACAAUUCAAUCAAAAAUUUCUUGGUUAUCCGAUAUCAAAACUUUAUUAAAUCUCCACCACUACAUUAUGAUGAUAUGAGUGUAGAAUAUAUUGUUAAAUUUCAAAACAAUGAAGAAAAUUUAAAUAACAUUCUGUCAAUAAAAAAUAUUUUAUAA